AUGAGUCAGCCACAGCAAUACCCGACACCAUCAGUACAGACACAGGAGGGAAUCACAGAAACUCAGCACCAAAGAUGUUGUGUCCAAGCUGCAUUAGGCAUGUGCAAUCUAUAUUAUCAUGGCCAAGCGCAGCUCCAGAGUAUAUAUCGCAACCUCCAGAUGAGCCAAAAUGAAGUCGGUAACAUGCGGCGCCAAAUGGCCAUAGCAGAGCAAGAGCUACAACGAGAACGCGAUUCCAAUGAACUCUUAAACCAGGGUUUCAUGGAGCUCCAAGAAUGUCAUAGUAAGCUGCUGGACGAUCACAAGAGCUGUGAAGGGCUGAACAUGGACCUCCAUCAAUCUGCAGAGAAGUCAAAAGAAUUUGCUGAUGAAGUCUCUCAGCGAGCUGAAGGCCUGGUGAACAGCUAUCGAGCCAAAUUGGCUGGGAAUGAGGUGGGAGAGUUGCAGAAUGGUCAAACAAUUAGUGGGAUGAUUUUGGAGUCGGCGAAGAAUGCUCUGCUCAUAAAGGCAAUCUCUAGCCAGCAUCCGGAAGACGAACACUUCGCCAAGCUGAAGUAUGUUAUGGAUCAAAAUGUGGAUUUCCAGCAGCGCAACCUGGAACUCUCUAAAAUGAACGAGACUCUUUCCCAACAAGUCAGAAACAAUGAGGAUGAGAUAGCUAGCCUGAACAAGGCUUUAAAACUCGCCGUUGAAGAUGGGCAACGAAGGAAACCACGAAGAGGAAAGAUAUGCUAUGGAGGCCAGACGAUUGCGAUAGAAAUGGAACCCCAAUGUAUGCAGAAGUCCAAGCAAUCCAGGGAUGCGGUCCAGUACAUCGAUUUCCUCAACCGCCGAAACGGUGAACUUAGACUGGAGCUUACAUUCUACCGAGAAUGCUAUCGUCACACAGAAAAAUUUAAACAAAAGAUUACCAACAUCUCGCAAGAUCUACUCCACGCAUGCAUUAUUGGCUUACUUGAUGAAAUGGCUUUUGGCGAGAUUCUUGGUCUUUCUCAAGCCUUUGUAGACGCGGUAGAUCAGCUUCGCGACGACCAAGGAGAGGCAUUUGACGCUUUUGUCGCGCCUUACAAAGCAUUGAACAGCUCUAAGAACACUACUGUGUCGAAGGAUGGGUGGAUUUGA